CGUGGUCGUGCGUGGCAGUAUCGGUCUAUAAAUGGAGCAGGUUGCGGGUUUAUCUCACUUGAGCAUCUUCUUCUGCUGUCCGGCGGGGAGUCAGUUUCAUUCAGCCACUAACACCGGGGACACCUUCUUCAGGGGAGAUUUUUCAGCAGUAGCAUUGCCCGCUGUUAUCUCAGUCUAUCUCCUGCGCGGCCAUGAGCCUCCGGCUGGUGCUGAUGAUGAGUGCCGGGGUCGCGCUUGUGGCGUGCGCCCGCCGCGAGGCAGCGCGUGUCCGCCUGAACUCCAUCAGAACCGUGAUUCUGAGAGAGAGCCACGAGCUGCCCGUGAACAGGACCGCGUGGGGACCUGGCAUGGACCUGACGCUGUACCAGUGCAUGAGCGACCUGGAGUGCAUCGAGGGCAACUACUGCCACAUCCCGACUAAAGGCUUCGCACACUCCCGCUGCCAGACCUGCCGCAGGAGGAACAGGCACUGCCAGAGGGAUAGCAUGUGUUGCCCUGGCAACCGCUGCAACACCAACAUUUGUGUUCCUGAUGUGGACACUUUUUUGUCUCGCGGUGUCUUGGACAAUGAUGGAAAAAUUAACCCAUCAUCUAAAAAGGGUUUGAGGGGAAAAGGAAGAGUGAGCUUUAAAGGAACGUCUGGUCAGGUGGGGAACCCUUGCCUGCGCUCCUCAGACUGCUCAGACAGUUUGUGCUGUGCCCGUCACUUCUGGACUCGGAUCUGUAAGCCAGUGUUGCAGGAGGGACAGGUUUGUACACGCCAGCGCCGUAAGGGGCACCAGGGCUCGGAGCUAUUUCAACGCUGCUCCUGUGGUGAAGGACUCACCUGCCGGACCGUGCACGACCCAAACGACCGGACUCCUCCACCUUCAUCCACUUUGCUGCCGAACGAGGCCAUAAACUCCAAGUCUGCAGCAUCCCCUUCCUUAUCUCGGCACUCCUCUCCCCACACCUCAGUGUUGUCCACAGCCUCGUCGUCUGCAUUGGGAAAGUCGUCUGCAGUGGUAGUAAAGACCAGACUCCACAUGUGCCAGAGAAAAUAAAUUAGACUGAUGGGAAGAAAAACAGACUGACAGAAGGAUGGACAGAGCAAAAACAACUGCUAUUCUGUGUCUGUGAUCGAGCCUAGAGGCAACGGGAGGCAGAGAAAUGUGUAAAAGAAAGGGAGGGGUGGAUAACAUUCCUGUUUACUGCUGUGAAAAUUCCCCUUACUCCUCCUUAAAGGGUCCAAGUAUCUGGAUGGUAAUCAGCUUCCUGUCAGGCAGCAUUGACACACCAACUGAAUGGGAUGCCAAGCUCUUUGAGGUUCAGAUGUGAUUUCCUCCAGGGUGUCUAGACAAGCUGAAACCACUUUGAAAUCCAGUCAGACCUCUUUUAGACCAACAACAAAAGUGCAAAUGGUGAUCCAUAUCUGAUGUAAUUCCCUCAGGUAUAACAGAAAACACAUUGUUUUCAGCAAUCUGUUCACAAACUCAAAGGUCUUACAAGAGCUAAAGCCAUCAGCAUUACUUCAGCUUGAGUUAAAAUCAGAUCCAACAAAACCAAGUAAGCUCUGUGCUUCAGGAUGUUUGUUGAGUUAGCAGGUGCUAUGUGCCAAAUUUAGUCAGCAUUUCUAAAACUUUGGAUUCACUUUUUAAUAAAGAACAUUACAGUUGUA